CCUACUAGUGAAAGAAGACAAGUACAUCAGUUAACAUAAGUUAGGAACACCAGCUGAAACCCACAAACAGGAUCCUGGUGAAGACUCCUGAGGAAUCCUGGAGGACAAAAUGGAGGACCAUCUCCACCUCCAGUUGACUCUGUAAGCAAACUGCAGGAGGUCCAGGAGAGUCGGUGAGUAGAAAUCCUGUGAGGAUUUAGAACAUAAAUGGACCCCAUGGACUCGGACUGAUGGAUCCAUCUGUCCAUCAUGGCCCCCAAGAAACCAGAACAAAAGAAAGAACCAGUGAAGGUUUCUCCAGAACCAGUGAAGGAUUCUCCAGAACCAGAACUUGCCAACGAACCAAACUUUGACCCACACAUUAUAAAGAUUGAUUUCACUGUUGAUCAAAUUGAAGAGUUUAAAGAAGCAUUCCAGCUGUUUGACAGAACUCUUCAGAACCAGAUGAAGGUCUCGUUCUCUCAGUGUGGCGACGUGAUGAGAGCGCUCGGACAAAAUCCAACCAACACCGAAGUUCUGCGAGUGCUGGGACGCCCUAAACCAGAAGACAUGGAUAGUAAACUGGUGGACUUUGAGACCUUCCUGCCAAUGCUGCAACAUGUGGCUCACUCCAAAGACCAGGGGACCUACGAGGACUUUGUGGAAGGCCUCCGAGUUUUUGAUAAAGAAGGAAAUGGGACAGUGAUGGGAGCAGAGCUCAGACAUGUUCUGGUCACUCUGGGAGAGAGGAUGACAGAGGCAGAAGUGGACAAGCUGUUAGCAGGGCAGGAAGAUCCUAAUGGCUGUAUUAAUUAUGAAGCUUUUGUCAAGCACAUCCUGUCUGGCUGAAAUAAAGUUGGACUCGUUGACUUCGUGCAGUCUUGUCCUUCAUGACCUUCCUUCUCAUUUUUCUGUGAACUUGUUCAGAUUUUAUCAUUUAAAUAAACCUGAUUUAUCUUUGA